CGGCGGCGGCGGCGGGAUGGCCCGGGCCCGCGGCCAGGCCCCGGGGAGCGGCGGUCGGCGGCGGCCGCGGCGGGGCGGCGCGGGAACCGGGCCCCGGGGGGAGUCGGCCGGGCUGCUGCUGCUGCUGCUCCAGGUGCUGCCGCCCGGGGCUGCGGCAGGGCCGGGGCGCCGGGGCACGCGGGGCGCCGGCGGCGGCGGCGGCGGCGUCUGCUGGCCCGGCGCUGCCCCUGCCUUUCCCCGGGACGCGCGGCUGCUUCUGCUCCUGCCGCCGCUGCCGCCCCUGUCGCCGCCGCCGCCGCCGAGCUCCGCGCCCGCCGCCUCCGCCUCCCGGAUGGACGCUCUGCCCCGCGGCGGGCUCAACCUGAAGGAGGAGCCGCUGCUGCCCGCCGGUCUGGGCUCGGUGCGCUCCUGGAUGCAGGGAGCGGGCAUCCUGGACGCCAGCACCGCGGCGCAGAGUGGCGUGGGCCUGGCACGAGCACAUUUUGAGAAGCAGCCCCCCUCCAACCUCAGGAAAUCCAACUUCUUCCACUUUGUGCUGGCCAUGUACGACCGGCAGGGGCAGCCCGUGGAGGUGGAGCGCACAGCCUUCAUCGACUUUGUGGAAAAGGACCGAGAGCCUGGGGCUGAAAAGACGAACAACGGGAUCCAUUACCGCCUCCGCUUGGUCUAUAAUAAUGGUCUUCGGACGGAGCAGGACCUCUACGUGCGGCUCAUUGACUCCAUGUCCAAGCAGGCUAUCAUUUAUGAGGGGCAGGACAAGAACCCCGAAAUGUGCCGAGUGCUGCUCACCCACGAGAUCAUGUGCAGCCGGUGCUGUGACCGGAAGAGCUGUGGCAACCGGAACGAGACGCCCUCAGACCCAGUCAUUAUUGACAGGUUCUUCCUCAAGUUCUUCCUCAAAUGCAACCAGAACUGCCUAAAGAAUGCGGGGAAUCCCCGAGACAUGCGCCGCUUCCAGGUGGUGGUGUCCACGACGGUGAGCGUGGACGGACACGUGCUGGCCGUGUCCGACAACAUGUUUGUGCACAACAACUCCAAGCACGGCCGCAGGGCGCGCCGCCUGGACCCCUCCGAAGCUGCCACCCCCUGCAUUAAGGCCAUCAGCCCCGGGGAGGGCUGGACCACAGGCGGCGCCACCGUCAUUGUCAUCGGCGACAACUUCUUCGACGGGUUGCAGGUCGUGUUUGGGAACGUGCUUGUGUGGAGCGAGCUCAUCACGCCCCACGCGAUACGGGUGCAGACGCCCCCGCGGCACAUUCCCGGGGUGGUAGAGGUGACCCUCUCCUACAAGUCCAAGCAAUUUUGCAAAGGAGCCCCGGGCCGCUUUGUCUACACAGCCCUGAAUGAGCCCACCAUUGACUAUGGAUUCCAGAGACUACAGAAAGUCAUUCCCAGACACCCUGGAGAUCCUGAGCGGCUGCCCAAGGAAGUGCUGUUGAAGCGGGCGGCCGACUUAGCCGAGGCUCUGUACGGAGUGCCCAGCAGUAACCAGGAGCUCCUCCUGAAGCGCGCGGCGGACGUGGCCGAGGCUCUGUACAGCGCCCCCCGCGCGCCCGCGCCGCUCGGACCCCUGACCCCAAGCCACCCGCACCCCGCCGUCAUGGGCAUCAACGCCUUCAGCAGCCCACUGGCCAUCGCCGUCGGGGACGCCACGCCGGGGCCGGAGUCGGGCUAUGCGCGCAGCUGCAGCAGCGCGUCCCCCCGCGGGUUCGCGCCCAGCCCCGGCUCGCAGCAGAGCAGCUACGGCAGCGGCCUCGGAGCUGGCCUCGGCGGCUACGGGGCACCAGGCGUGGCCGGCCUCGGCGUGCCCGGGUCCCCUAGCUUCCUCAAUGGCUCCACGGCCACCUCACCCUUUGCCAGACUUCUCGAGGAGGCUGGUGCCCCCUGCCGGAAGCCUGAGGGAACUCAGGGCUCGAGAAAAGUGAGCUUCCACCUGGCUCCAGGCCCUGCAGGAGCCUUGGUCGGCGAGGCAGGGGUCGCAGGAGGGAAGAUGUGGCCCCCAGCGAUCUGGCUGGCCGGAGCGAGCGAAUUUUGUGUGCUCAGACAGCUGGGUUCACAGUUUGGGUGUCCAAAUCAGGAGCUGUCUGACAUUCAGCAAGUUGCUUUACUUCUUUGAACUUCAGUUUCCUCUCUGUAAAAUGCGAUCAGUAUCACCCCCUGCCUAAGGUUGUUCUCAGAUCUGAGUGUUCCGCUGUGCAUAAAGAGCCCAGGCACAAUUCAGAAAGAGUGUAUGAUUUCCCAGUCUCAGCACUGACUGUAGGCACUAACCAUCCUCUGGCUUCUUGAGGUGGGCAGCUCAGAGCUGGGUGGAUGGGCACAGAGCUUUUAUGCUUUUAGCGUUUUGCGCUGCCCUCAAGUCCCUCCUUCCAAUACCAAAUUCCAGAACAGCCUGUUUACAGCUCCUUAUAGCUUAGCUAUUCAGCAGACAUUUAUAAAGCACCUACUGUGUGCCAAGCAUCAGGCUUGGGGUUAACUCCACCCCAGCUCGCCUGCAGGGAGCCUCCCUAUCAGUUGGAAGAAAGGUUGUACCUCGAGUCUUGGGAGACACUGCUGAGCCAGAGGAAUGAGGAAGGCUGCCCAAGAGGAGCUGGUUGUGGCUUUUCCUGGAUUCCCUUGCCUGUGCCCUGUCUUAUGUCUGCUAUUGCUGAGGAUCAAAAUAUCUGGCCCAUGCCUAGCCUUCCUGAGUACUGUUCUUUCUGGCUGUGGGCGUGAGACUGGCUCUCUCCUCGUGGCCUGUGAUCCACUUCUAGGACUCGAAGCCUCAUAUGCCAGUGUCCACACAGGUCAUGACCCUCUCGUGUCCCUGCCAAGACCCGAUCUCUCCUGGCCCUUUGCUCAGGCCAGGCUCCACUGCUCCCACUUCCCUUCAGUUCUGGGAAAGCACUCUUACAACCUCUCUCUGGGUGCCCCUCGGAUUUGAAACUGGUUGGGGCUGGAAUACCAGCCCCUCCCCACCACACACAGUGCUGUCAGUGGAGGAGCACACUACCCCAGUGGACAGAAGCCAGCCCAGCUGGGGUUUCCCCAUGCAGCCAGAGGAUUGAGAAUUCUAGAGCUGCUUAAGCACCACAUCAGCUGGGGACAUCCUGGACUCACCCGAGGGUCCGUCCCACCUCCUGAUAUUGUCUUAACCAGUGCUUACCCAGAUCCCCAUCCAUUCCCCGUGUGCACGUGCUUUGUGGCACAGCUCCAGGGGGUCUCAUUCUCAUUGAGUCUGCCAGGACAUGGCUGGAAUGACCCCCAGAACUGUUCCAGAUGGGGGGUCUGGGGUUGUUUGCUUGGGCCUCCCCUUAGUCUUCUGCUUUGGCUGCCAGCAGCCCUGGACUGACCUGCAACUCCCAGUACUGCCCAAGCUACAACAUGUGUCUGCGAGCCCCAGGCCUUAAGAGAUAGAGUACAUUUUCUGGCAUUAGUCUCAAGCCCUCCAUGGAGCUUCAUGGACCUCAUCAGCUAGCUGUGAGCAUUGUCUUAAAGGAGAUGGCGAUCCAUGAGGCUGAGAACAUUUGGAACAGGGACAGCUGUUGAAGGCAUCAUUGUAUGGGGGUGGGGAGGGCAGGGGCGGCUCUGAUAGCAAAGGCAGUCUUCUCGGGCUAUUGGUUUCUUCCAGGAGGUCCCCACCCCCACCCCAUUGCCAGCUGCUUAGACAACACUCAAAUCACAGACUUAUUGGUCUUCAGAAGAAAGAGGCAGGGAAUGGGGUUCAGAUGAGGAUGUAGAAAGGGGGAUCCAGAGAUGCCCUGGGCAGGAGCCCCCAGGAGAGGAGGCUGCAGGAAAGAGGAGCAGGCAAAGCCCAUGUGCAGGAGGCUCCCGGGCUAUUCCCAGGAGAGCAGCCACAGCCCUAGAUGGCUAGGGGGUUGAAGAACAGGAAGAUCUGAGGAUGUAGGUCCCUACACCUUUCUUUAAAAUUGACAAGCUGGAAGAGAGAGAUGCAGGAGGGCUCCAGGACCCUGGCUGGAGACAGCAAGGACCUGCAUUAAGCUGGCAGAGAACAGAGUGCCCGGGGUGGGGGGUAAUUGGUAAGGGGAGCAUAUUUGUGGAGGAAGUUAGGGUGCUCAUCGCGUGAACUGUGAUUCUGGACAGAGAAGCCUUAUAACAGGAGCCUGUGUGAAGGACCUAAACUUCAUCGCCGACCACUUGCCCCAGCUCUGCUAUGAACUCUGAUCUUUGACUCUAACUGUGGUACCCCAGGACCGGUAAAUGUUUGUUAGCAUCUCGGAAUCCCAGCAGUUUUCAGCAGGAAACCUAACUUGUUCCUUCUCUCACUAAUCCUUCAUCUUUGGGGACACCUCCCAGUAUUUGGUUUUGUUGGAUGUUCUAGUUUUGCUUUCAUUUUUACCUAGUCUGAUCCUGUCACCUCCAGCCCUGAGAAAGGGUCUCCAAAACCCCCAAAAAUGCAAGUACU